GCGUUCAGCCCCGCCCCUUCGCGCUUCUUCCCCUUGGCGUUGUCUGGGCAACCGAAAAAGACGCUUCACGGCUAAAGGCGCGUCGUAAAACUCGAAGGGCUAAUUUCAUUUUUUAUUGUCAAAAUCAUACAUAUGCUGCGCGAAAAACACAAGGUCAUAACGGCAGUGCUGAGUGGAAGAGGUCUCAGAUCUGUGAGUCAUGGCUGUGUAUUUUGAUCAUCGUGUGGAGGCCCCUGACAGCAGUGGAGCAGCGGUCCUCGUCUCAUGGCACUCCAGUGUGUGUGUGCUGGCCGUGGGGUCUGUGAAUGCCUCCACCGGUGGCUCCGUGGAUCUUUACCUGCAACAGGGGGAGCAUGUUGAGCUGUGUCACGUGGAACGGGGAUUCAGCCCUUCGUUGUUGCAGUGGCACCCGACUAAACCCCUGCUGGCUGUGGGGUGGGAGACGGGCGAGACCAUUCUCCUCUCACACCCCUCCGGAGAACACACACCCCUGCCCAACAACACACACACCGCCUGCAUCACAGUGCUGGAGUGGAGCAGUAACGGCAGCAGACUGGUCACGGGAGAUCAGGCAGGUGUAAUGGCGGUGUGGAGAGUGGACGCUAGAGGGAAACUGCAGGGAUCUCCUCUGAUUAAACAUGACUACAGUAAACCAUUGACCUGUUGCAUCUUCAGACCUCCACCGCCUGCUGAGGAUGUGGCGAUGCUGGCCCGUGCUGCUGUUAGCGGGGAUGAAAGCGCUCUGGACAUGUUUAACUGGAAGAAGAGCAAUAAAGGAGCAGCGUUUGCACUGGGAUCACAGGAAGGACUGGCCUUCUACAUCAGUACAGCUGAUGGGAGCGUGUUCAGCGUGGAUGAGCAGGCGCGGAGUGUGGCGUUGCUGUCCGUUGAGAGUGCGGUACAGAAGAUGUGGUACUCCAAGAGGAGGGCCGUUCUUGCCGUGGUGACAGAAUCACUGCUGCUCUCUCAGUUCACUCUUGGGCCGGAAGGGUUCGCUGAGGAAAUCAGUAAGGUGAAGCUCAGUAGCAGAGGUGGGCAGCACUCAGACAUUGUGUGGACAGAAAACGGUUUGCUCAUCACAGCAUCAGGAGAACAACACAUCAGGUUGUGGGAUGUGGAGUUGGACGAUCAUUACGCUCUAUCGCUGGAUGAGUCUCUGGGCUUUGAGAAAGGAGAGCUGCUCAACUGUGUGUCCUUUUGCACUUCUAAACAAGUUCUUGCGGCAGGUACCAGCAGGGGUCGUGUGGCUCUGUGGCACAUGGUGACAGUGAGUGAUCAGAAAGGAGACUCAAAAACACAAUGGAAACUUCAGACACCAGCAGAAGUGGAAGGAAACAUCACACAGCUACAGUGGGGCUCGAGUUCUCAUCUGUUGGCCGUCUGCAGCAGCAGUGGUGUGGUGAUUCUAUCAGAGCAUGUGAUGUGUUCUCAUUACAGCCAGCAGAUGGCAGCAGUGCAGCUCACGCCAACACACCUCAGCCUGGCCAACUUCAACACCAACACACACAUCACCUUCCACACAGACACACACAUCAGAGCCGUGCAAGUCACCAAGGAUAUGGUUGCAGUGUGGAAUGGGAAAUAUAUCACAGUGUACGAGCCAUCAGGGCAAACACUACACAGCACAGGUUCUUUCCAGUGUGAGUCUGCUGCUCUUGCAUUACAUGAAGAAAACAUUUAUACCAUAGAACCCAACCGCGUCCAGAUCCGCACACCACAGGGCACCGUGAAGCAGUUGCUGGUGUUUUCUGAAGCAGAAGGAAACCCGACACUGCUGAGUGUGUGUGGAUCUUACCUGGCUGUGGGAACAGAUACGUCUCACGUCAGAGUGUUUAACCUCACACGCAGGGAGGCUAAACCCUUGGGCGUCACAAAGAACCUCUGUGAGCUCAUUCCAGACCUGGGCGCUCUGAGAUCAGUCAAAUGCAAUGCCAGCGGCAGUCAGCUAAGCGUCCUCAUUACACAGGUGAACGGGCGGCCAGAUAACAAAGUGUAUUUCUAUGACAUCGAGCUGGACACGCUGUCUUACUUCGACUUCUUCACAGGGAGGCCAGAGAGCAGUCUCGCACAGUCCGACGACAGUCAAAGAACUCAAUGUGAGGGGGAGUUGGCCGCCCGCUGCCCUGUUUCUCAGUUCUGGGACGAGAAUGAGCCACGUCUGUUUGUGUGUGAAACAGUUCCUGUGAACUCUGACCUCCUCAGCAGCAGCAAAUCACAAACAGAGAAGGAGGACGUGAUGGUGGUGAUGUUCUUUGUGACACAGGAACAUGGUCUCCUCCUGCAGGACUCGCAGCCCAAACCAGCUACGCUGCUCUCUCUACUGGCUCUAGAUACACCGUAUUACUAUUAUAUUUGUAAGCUCUUAUUUCGGAGGGGAGGACUCGUUCUCCCUGAUCUGGGCGAGGAUGGAGAUCAGGGGCAGGUGGUCUCGACUCCUGCCGCCACGCCCCAGCUGCCGUCGUCGUCCCCUCAGAUGGUGGUACGGCGAGCCCUCCGAGACUUUGUGGGAUUGGAGAGCUGUGAGAAGCAGACCCGAGACGCCAUGCUGAACUUCAGCUUCUACCUCACUAUAGGGGACAUGGAUGAAGCAUUUAAAGCCAUCAAACUCAUCAAGAGUGAGGCGGUGUGGGAGAACAUGGCGCGGAUGUGUGUGAAGAGUCGUCGUCUGGACGUGGCGCGCGUGUGUCUGGGGAACAUGGGUAAUGCACGGGCUGCUCGUGCUCUCAGGGAUGCUGAAAAAGAGCCAGAGUUGGAGGCGCAGGUGGCCGUACUGGCUACACAGCUGGGCAUGCUGGAGGAUGCAGAGCGUUUGUAUAAGUCAUGCGGAAGGUUUGAUCUAUUGAAUAAGUUUUAUCAGGCGGCAGGUCAGUGGCAGCAGGCGGUAGAGACGGCAGAAACGAAUGACCGCAUUCACCUCCGAACUACAUACUACAGCUAUGCCAAACACCUGGAGGCCAUGGGAGACAAGAACCUGGCGCUGGUGUAUUUUGAGAAGUCAGACACACAUCGGUUUGAAGUUCCGAGAAUGCUGAUGGAGGACAAUGUUUCAUUGGAGAUCUACAUCAAUAAAAUGAAAGACAAGGAUCUGUAUAAGUGGUGGGGUCAUUAUCUGGAGAGCCAAUCAGACAUGGAGGCUGCACUGCAUUACUACGCCUUCGCUCAGGACUACCUGUCUCAAGUGCGCGUGCACUGUUAUCUAGGAAACAUUCAGAAGGCGAGUGAGAUAGCCAAUGAGACGGGCAACAGAGCAGCGUCUUAUCAUGUUGCACGGCAGUACGAGGGACAGGAUGAAAUCAGCCAGUCGGUGCACUUCUACACACGAGCACAAGCCUAUAACAACGCCAUCCGACUGUGUAAAGAGAAUAACUUGGACGAGCAGCUCAUGAAUCUGGCGCUGCUUAGCAAUCCAGAAGACAUGAUGGACACGGCCAUGUAUUAUGAAGAGAAAGGAACGCACAUGGACCGAGCUGUUAUGCUUUAUCAUAAGGCAGGUCAUGUCUCUAAGGCUUUAGAACUGGCUUUUGCCACAGAGCAGUUUGGAGCUCUGCAGCUGAUCGCAGAGGACCUGAAUGAGACCAGCGACCCCGCCUUACUAGCACGCUGCUCAGAUUUCUUCAUAAAACAUGCUCAGUACCAGAAAGCUGUGGAAUUGCUGGUAGCUGCCAAAAAGUACCAUGAGGCGCUCCAGUUGUGUUUGGUCCAGAGUUUGACCAUUACAGAAGAUCUGGCUGAAAGUCUGACGGUGCCAAAAGACUCGACCCAUCUGUCUGAGGCCGGGCGAAAGGAGCUGCUGGAGAAAAUCGCAGACUGCUGCAUGCGGCAGGGCAACUACCACCUAGCGACUAAGAAAUACACACAAGCUGGAAAUAAGACCAAGGCGAUGCGAGCGCUGUUGAAAUCCGGCGAUACAGAGAAAAUCGUGUUUUUCGCAGGUGUUUCCAGACAGAAGGAAAUUUACAUAAUGGCAGCCAACUACCUGCAGUCUCUGGACUGGAGGAACGACCCGGAGAUCAUGAAGAACAUCAUCAGCUUCUACACAAAAGGACGCGCUCUCGACCUGCUCGCUGGCUUCUAUGAGGCCUGUGCUGAGGUGGAAAUUGACGAUUAUCAGAAUUACGAGAAGGCGUACGGAGCUCUGACGGAGGCAUGCAAGUGUCUGAAUAAAGCAAAGGGUCGCAGUGAAGACGAGGCUGACAGCAGAUUCCUCAUUCUGACGCACAGACUCGGACUUAUCAAGAGGUUCAUUCAGGCACGAAGGAUGUAUGAAGAGGAUCCAGUUGAAUCUGUGCGUAUGUGUGAGUCUCUGCUGGAAGAGAAGGAUCUGGACCCUGCGGUGCGUGUUGGAGAUGUGUAUGGGUUCCUGGUGGAACACUACUGCCAUAAUGGCAACUUCCAGCAGGCUUGGAGUAAAAUAGAGGAAUUGAGAUCAACACGUCCCAACAUAAAUGUGAGCUUAUAUGUGAGUCAGACCAGUCUGGAGGCUCUACAAAACGCUGCUGGAAUCCGCCUGGUCUACAAAAAUGCAAACACCCAUGCUGCCGAGGAUGAUGAAGAGGUGGAGGAAGAUGAGAACAUCAAUCAUUGAGAGAACGACUUGCUUAGAAUUGUGGUCCUCAAGAUAUCACAUACAUUUCUUAAUGCAUAAAAAAACCACACGACUACCCUACAGAAGUCUGCCUGUCUGAGUCUUAGUUUGCUGCCCCAUUUUUUAAAAAAACGUGCCAUAUUUUUAUGGGACUGCCAGUAAAUGGGACAUCUUUGAUAGGUGAUAUGUGAUUUUUGUUAAAGCCACUUUGCAGGUUGCCUUAGGUAGAGUAGCUUGUGUGCGAAUGCCCAGAAUGCACUUAUGUAUGUGAUGUGAGUGUGGCCUUUUGAACAAGAAUCCAGCGGGACCACUAUAUUUAAGUUGUUUUGUACAAUUUACAAAUUACUUAAUGAACAGAUUUGUUCUGCUAUCUUUAUAUCAUAUAUCUUGUAUACAUUUUAAUAAAUUUUCUACAUGUUUACUCAAUCA